ACCAUAAACACAUGGUACUCCGAGUGAUUAUGACAUCAACAGAGGGCGCUGUUGUAAUGGCCAUUUCUGAUCUUGUGAUUGUGAAUAUUUUUGACUGCUGCUUGUGUUACACACGUAAUUCUUUUUAAACUGAAUAACUGCACAAAUGCAACUUUUUUCGAGAGGAAUUUUCGUUGUGUUUGUUAUAGCGGUUCCUGUGGUCAUCUUUUUUAGCCGCGUUGAUAAAUCAGCAUCUAAACCAGUCCAGCACCCUGUUUUGAGUCGAGAGCAAGGAGCAUCAGCAAGGAUGACCGAGCCAGAUGCAGAGGUUAACCCCUUCACCUGGUUGGACUAUGUCAUCUUUUCGGCCAUGCUGGCAGUCUCAGCACUGACUGGAUUGUACCAUGCGUGUGCAGGGGAGGGGCAAAAAUCCACAGCAAAGUUUUUGAUGGCGGACCGCAGCAUGAUGAGUAUCCCCGUUGCUAUUUCCGUCAUCGCCUCGUACCUGUCGGCGAUCACCAUCCUGGGCGUGCCUUCGGAGGUCUUUGUCUACGGCAUCCAAUACUGGAUGGUCGUCUGGAGCUUCUUCAUCGCCAUUCCGGUCACCGCGUUAGUCUUCAUACCAGUCUUUCACGGGCUUGGAUUGACGAGUGCAUACGAUUAUCUUCACAAGCGUUUCAGUCCAUUGAUGCGUUCGAUUGGCGCGUUGUUCUUCAUUCUUCAGACACUGCUGUACAUCGGUGUUGUAUUGAAUGCCCCAGCAUUAGCCUUACAAGCAGCUACCAAUUUUCCCGUAUAUGCCACUAUACUACUCUUGGGUGCCCUCUGUACUGUAUAUACUGCAAUGGGUGGCAUCAAAGCUGUCAUCUGGACCGAUGUCUUUCAGUUCAUUGUUCUGUUUGGGUCCCUUCUGACCAUCACCAUUAUGGGUAUCGUUCAAACUGGGGGUAUGUCGCAUAUCUGGGACUACAACAACCAGAGGGGACACCUCAACUUCUUCAACUUUUCGCCAGACCCAACCCAGCGGCUGACCUUCUGGGGUACAAUCAUCGGCGGCAACUUCAAUACGCUGACCAUCUGGGCGGUCAGCCAGACAUCGGUCCAGAGAUUCCUGACCGCAAAGAACCUCAAAGAAGCCAAAAAAUCUGUUUGGUUUGGUCUGCCCGGCACCGUGAUUGUCCUGACUUUAGUAGGACUCAUUGGGUUGGUCCUAUUUGCAUAUUACAACAAUUGUGCGACACUAGUGAACCCAGCAAAUGCCACUGCAGCAACUGCACUACUGAACUGUAACGGCUCGACGCCUCAUUACACACCACACUACCAAUCAUCGGACCAGAUUCUGGUGUAUUUCGUCAGCCUGGAGUUUGGCAAAAUCCCAGGGAUUCAGGGUCUGUUUGUGGCUUGCCUGUUUGCUGGAACUCUCAGCACCGUGUCGUCGGGCCUGAACGCCCUAGCUGCCGUGACGCUAAUGGACGUUGUGCGGAUAUGGAGAGGUCGCAGUAAGCCUCGUACUGACUCGGACGCCAGCGGGGAGAUAUCCACAAACGCCAGCGGUAGCACUGUUACGUCAGCUUCAACGCCAAGCUCCUCAGUCGCUGUGAACCAGGCCCAGGACCGAUGCGACACCAUCAUCUCCAAGCUACUCACUGCUGGUUUUGGUGUUGCCAGUAUCGGCCUGGCGUUUGUGGCGUCUAAACUAGGCUCUCUGGUGAAGAUGGCCAACACAGUACUAGGCGGUGUGGGUGGACCGCUCCUUGGAGUGUUCUCACUGGGAAUGCUGUACCGAAGAGCAAACACAGGUGGAGCUCUGAUAGGAAUCCUGGUUGGUUUCUACCUAUCGAUGUGGAUCACAAUAGGUGCAGCGACUCAUCAAGAUGAAAAUCACAAUGUUAAAGAAGAUGCAUUCGCACUGUAUAGGAUCUCCUUCAUGUGGUACAGUAUGUUCUCCAGCAUGGCUACCUUCAUAGUAGGAGUCAUUGUCAGUGAGAUCAUCCGAUGCAGUAUACCAGACGAGAGAUACAAACGAGUCGACCCUCUCCUCCUUGCAACAUUCCUGAGGCCCAAAGGUUGGCAUAAAUCCUACUCCGGCACCGAGUCGAACAACCCCGACCUGCAGAUCGGCGAUCCGGUGUUCCAGAGUCUACUGGCCUCUGGCAAUCAGAGCAUGGACCAGGAGAACGAAUCGCUGAUGGGUGACAUAGAAGGAAAUGACAUCCACGAAUUAGGGUCAGUGCAAAACGAGGUCACAGACAUGAGAAAUGGACAGUAUUAAUGCUUAGCAGGCUUGUGGCACAGGGGUCCAGGUCCUAGACUUGUGGCUGAUUCACCUCAUUGAUUUGUUGUGGUUUUGAAAUAGUCGGGUCCAAGAGCUAAGGUUGUAGACUAGUAAAUAAACUGCCAUAGAUUCCAGUGAUAAAUACACCCACUUCCCAAAUUCAGGAAAAAUACUCACAACUCUUUAAGGUGUUCAAGCUUUUUUCAUCAUCCUUCAUUUUCUGUACAAUUCCAUCCAAAGAUGAUCAGCCUUAAGAGUAGUCCUGAAGCGUAUCGCCAUUUUGAGAAAUGAUGCCUGCACUUCAUGGCAAAAUAGAGCAAUUUUAGGGCCCAAUUUCACAAAACCCUCAAGUUCAUGGCCCACAAAA